AUGGCCGUGGGAACAACAAAUCACCAGCCUCUGCCGGACACGGCACAGAUCAAGUUCACAGAAGCCGAAAGACCAGAGAGACGUGCAGUCGUCACCACCAUAAACUACUAUGACGACCCUGGAGAUGGAACCCCUCCCACCCCAAUCGUUGUAGGGGGUCAAAAAGUCACAAAUGAGAGGAAAAUGACACCUCGCACCGUCACCGUCUCCGACAUCAGAGGCGAAGAGGACAAGUACACCCUCGACACCCACGGCUUCCAGUACGUCCGCCACACUAGCGUUGAGACGGACUUUACAGACGAGGAACGGGUCAAGGGCGUCUACUAUCCCGAGAUGGAGAAGCUGUACAAGGAAAUCACGGGAGCAAGCCGGGUCGUCAUCUUCAACCACCAGAUCCGCCGCGGGCCGGCAAACUGGCACAGCCUAGGCGAACGCAACACGGAGCACCGCGGCCCCCUGCACAAGGCGCACGUGGACCAGUCCUACGACGGCGCCGUCAUGAUGGCUAGGCACCACCUCGGCGCGGAUGAGGCCGAAAGACUUCUCGACAAGGAGAAGCGCCGGUUCCAAAUCAUCAACAUCUGGCGGCCCAUCGCGACGGUGCGGCGGGACCCGCUGGCCGUCGCGGACGGGACUACGGUCGCGGAGGAGGACCUCGUUCCGGGCGCGAUUAUUUAUCCCCGUCACCGGGCCGAGACGUGGACGAUUAAGCCGAAUCCGGCGCACCGGUGGUACUUUUUGGAUGGGCAGAAGCCGGAUGAGGCGUUGUUCAUCAAGUGUUUUGAUUCGGAUACGUCGGUCGUUCGGAGGGCUGCGCAUUGUGCUUUUCGGGACCCGGAGAUGGAUGAGAUGGAGUGUCGGCAGAGUAUCGAUAUCCGGGCGUUGGUGUUUCACUAA